AGAACGGCGAGAAGUUUUGCAGCGGCGGCGGCGGCGGCGGAGGCGGAAGAACGGAAGUCUCGCCGGCGCGCGAGCAGACCGUUUUGUGCCCUUAAGAUUUUAGGGUUUUGGUUCCUUUUGAGCCGGUUCGAAAUCUCUGUAGUCGCUCCGCCAGUUCUCCCAAAACCUAGUUUAAUGGCUCACAUCCCGAUAUCGGCGAUGACUCGUGGAAAGAUCUAGGAAGAAAGGGUCGUGCGUUGCUUUUCAAUCUCGAGCAUCGAAAAUGCCUUGUUUACAUAGCAUAGCCGCAGGACUUCGAACCGGCAGGAUUUCUGAGGUACAUUGAGUUGAGUUAGUUAGUUGCUUGAAUGUUGGGAAUCUUAGAGAAUUCUUUGAAAUAUCUUGAGAAAUGCACAACAUUGAGAUCAUUUCUGCAAGUUCAUGCUCAAAUAGUCAUCAACGGCUUCGACCGUGAUAAUUAUGCGGCCGUCAAGCUCAUAAGCUUUUGCAGUAAAAAGUUGGGCGAUCGAGAUUAUGCUCGCAUGGUAUUUGAUAACCUCAUUGAUUCAGCGAAUGUUUUUCUUUGGACCGCGGUCAUCACGUCUUACUCGAACUAUCGAUCUGAGGUGACCAGGGAGGCAAUUCUGAUCUACAGAAUGAUGCAUCAAAGAGGAGCUCAUCCGAACCCUUUUACGAUAUCUUCCGUGCUCAAAGCAUGCUCAUUUUUGAAGGCCGUACCAGAGGGCAAUCAAGUUCAUGCUCAUUCCACUAAAUUGGGACACAAUUCCUCCAUGUAUGUGCAAGCAACAUUAGCAGACAUGUACACGAGAGUCGGUCGUAUCCAAGAAGCUUCACGACUGUUAUGGACUUCCUCGGAGGACAAUGUCGUGUUAUGUAACACGAUGGUCUCACACUAUUGCAAGGAAGGUGACAUGGAAGCUGCUCGUGAACUUUUCGAUAAAAUGUCUCACAAGGAUUCAGUCUCAUGGAAUGUUAUGAUAUCCGGAUACGCAGGUAUUGGAGACACUUCCACUGCUAGAAAACUGUUCGAUCAGAUGACUGAAAGAGAGAUCAGUUCUUGGAAUGCACUGAUGGCUGGAUAUUGUCGAGAUGGAGGAUGGUAUGAAGUUAUGAGCCUCUUCAAGGAAAUGAACUUGAGAAAUAUAAAACCCAACCAUGUGAGCAUGGCAAUGUUGAUGUCGGCUUGCGGGCAUUUGGGAGCUUUAGACAUCGCGACACAACUUCAUGGGUUCUUAGCGAAAAGUUGCAUCCGGAUGAAUUGUUACGUAUUCAAUUCAUUGCUCGAUAUGUAUGCUAAAUCCGGCGAUGUUCGUGAGGCUUACAGGGUGUUCUCUGAAAUUCCCGACAAGGAUGUGGUGUCGUACAACAUAAUUAUCUUAGGUUUUAUCAGUCAUGGGCAUGAAAAAGAUGCUAUGAAAUUUUUCACUGAGAUGAUAGAAUCAGGCAUCCAACCCGAUACCAUCACUUUUCUAGGCAUCUUAACCGCGUGCAGUCAUGCUGGGUUCAUCGAUACCGGACGCGAGUAUUUUGAAUGCAUGAGCAGAGAUUACUUGAUCGAACCAUCAGCUGAUCAUUAUGCUUGCAUAGUCGAUUUAUACGGUCGGGCAGGACUUGUUAAAGAGGCAUAUGACUUUGUAAAGGCCAUGCCUAUUAAACCACAUGCUGGUGUUUGGGGAGCCUUGCUCAACGCGUGCAGGAUACACUGUGAAAUCGAUAUCGGAAUGGUUGCUGCUAGGGAACUGUUUUCCAUUGAGCCUCUAAAUCCCGGUAACUAUGUCCUCCUAUCGAACCUCUUUGCUAGAGCUAAUUUGUGGGGCAAUGUAGCCGAGAUUAGGCAUGCGAUGAGGCGGAAAGUGCCCAAAACAGCAGGAUGCAGUUGGAUUGAGGUUAAGGGCGAGGUCAAUGAAUUCUUAAUAGGGGAUGAAAAACAUCCUCACAGCAAGAGCAUCAAGGAAGUAUUGAGGCAUCUGCUUAUGCAGAUUGAAUAGGUAAUAGUACUAUCGAUCCGACUCCCCCCAUUCUGAGUGAGUCUCACUUGUUUUUUAUGACAAAUUAUGAACAGAAGUAAGGGAAAAGCAAAAUUGAUUUUGGUUCAGUUUGUUCCUGAGAUCUCUGUGCUGAUUGAAUUUCAGUGACAAUUCAGAUCGGGUUAUAUGCUUGUAUCUUUGUAUUGAGUUCGUAGAAGAACAGCAAACCCUGUAUCCCAACUUUUUCGGAGAUACAAAAAUCUUCUCUGCUGUUUAGUUUUAUGCAAACAUAUACAAAUCCCAACCUAGGAGGGAGGAGAAGAGAUAUCCCAUUCGUGUUACUCAGUGCUCACAAAACGCUGUCAGCUGGCCAUGUUAUCGACCACAAGUACUAGAGAGAAGCUACUUGUUGCAAGGUCGGCGAUACAAAGUGGCACAGAGAGUGAUGGAAAACCAAGCAACUGUGGGUUAUUCAGAGUUUCUUUAUUUGUUUCUGGCUUGACUAUGAUAGAAUUUCAAGAGGUGUUUCUCAUAAA